AUGGCGUCCACCUUCAGGAAGUCCAAUGUGGCGUCCACCAGCUACAAAAAGAAGGUGGGUCCUAAGCCCGAACUCACAGAAGAGCAGAAGCAAGAAGUUCGGGAAGCCUUCGACCUCUUCGACUCGGAUGGGAGCGGCACCAUCGACGUGAAGGAGCUGAAGGUGGCAAUGCGAGCCCUGGGCUUCGAGCCCAGGAAGGAGGAGAUGAAGAAGAUGAUCUCGGAGGUGGACAAGGAGGCGACCGGAAAGAUCAGCUUCAGUGAUUUCCUGGCUGUGAUGACCCAGAAGAUGGCCGAGAAGGACACCAAGGAAGAGAUCCUGAAGGCUUUCCGGUUGUUUGAUGACGACGAGACCGGGAAGAUUUCGUUCAAAAACCUCAAGCGCGUGGCCAACGAGCUGGGGGAGAGCCUGACGGACGAGGAGCUGCAGGAGAUGAUCGAUGAGGCGGACCGCGACGGGGACGGCGAGGUGAACGAAGAGGAGUUCCUGAAGAUCAUGAAGAAGACCAGCCUGUACUAA